AUGCCAGAAACAAUCCGGUUCGACAACAUGUCCAAGUCAGUUUCUCACGACUACUAUCCCCUGGACCUGCCUCUCCCGAAUUUUCUUCCGAACAAAGACUCGCCGUUUUCUUUAAUCUUCCAGUUUGCCAUCCUCUGGUUAUCGGUCUUGGGCGCAGCUUUUAUCACGAUCCGAUGCGUUCGUCCGACAGCGACUAAAUCAGACCAACUGGCUUUUCUUUGGAUGUGUUUGACUGGCUGCAUCCACUUCUUCUUCGAAGCAUACUUCGUUAUCAAAAAUCCUAGCUUAGCCGGUUCAGGAACCCUCUUCGGCCAGCUAUGGAAGGAAUACUCUCUGUCUGACUCUCGCUAUUUAACCUCCGACACUUUCCUGGUGUGCAUGGAGGCUGUCACGGCCGGAGCAUGGGGUCCUCUAUCCUUCCUCACUGCAUACUUCAUUCUCAAACAGCAUCCUGCUCGCCACGCUUGCCAACUCAUCCUCUCCACUGGCCAGAUCUACGGUGACGUGCUGUACUAUGCUACUAGCCUGCUGGAUCUAUAUACGGAAGGUGUUUCGUAUUGUCGGCCUGAGGGAUAUUAUUUCUGGUUUUAUUACUUUUUCAUGAACUUUAUCUGGAUGGCUGUCGGGACUUAUUAUGCGACGCAGAGUGUGAAGGCCAUUACGAGGGCUUUUGUCAGAGUCGCACAGGCUGAUGGUGACGAGAAGAAGAAACGCUAA